AUGCGGAUUAUAUUCUCCAGCGAUAACUUGCACUGCAAACAGAAACCUCGUGAAACUCAAACACAAGCAAAUAGUCACAACGAUCUGCUCACUCUUCAACUCAUUGCCUCAAAGUACAGAUCGUUAGCAGGUGAAGGAGGCCAUCACCACUGGGGGUAUCGGGAGCACACUGGACCAGAAAAUUGGCCUAAAACAUGCCAGGAUGGUUUCCGGCAAGUACGUCUUCUGCUUCGUGAUAAAUUCAAACUUUCGUUCAUAUCUCUGAUCGACUUUUAUUCAUCUUCCUAUAGUCACUUACUGCUCCUUAUAACAUGUUCCGGUACGCGAGAUGCAUUUCCGAAUUGUGUUAGCGACGGCGUUAGACCUUGGCAAUCACGUAGCCGCCAUGAAGAUUCUGCUCAUACUGCCAUUCAUAAUCAAAGAGCCCUAUUGACAUCCGUGCUUCUGAUACUGAUUAUGCCUUGCUACAUAGGAUGCAUUUCGUCCAUUACGACCACGCCGGUCCUAUCAACAUCAGCAACAAUGGGCAUACAAUUGUCGUUACAUCUCAACUCAUUAGGGAGUCGUUACAUGCCGGACACGUAUUUUGACAAAAGUGCACAAACAUCUUAG